AUGAUUGUUGAUUCGAUUUGGUUAGGGAUGGAGAACUCUGAUUCACAGCAGUGCGUACGCGUUGCCGUCAACAUCCGGCCUUUGAUAACGUCCGAGCUCAUGCUCGGAUGCACAGAUUGCAUAUCUGUUGUUCCUGGUGAACCUCAGGUGCAAAUUGGGUCACAUUCUUUCACUUAUGACUAUGUUUAUGGUAGUUCGGGAUCUCCUUCGUCCACGAUAUACAAUGAUUGUGUAGCACCACUAGUAGAUGCGCUUUUUCACGGCUACAAUGCAACAGUUCUUGCUUAUGGGCAGACUGGAUCUGGGAAGACAUACACAAUGGGCACCAAUUACACUGGAGAAGAAAAUGCUUGUGGUAUUAUACCCAAGGUGAUGGAGACAAUAUUCAAGAGGGUUCAGAUUAUGAAGGAUUCUUCAGAGUUUUUGAUUAGGGUAUCGUUUAUCGAGAUAUUCAAGGAAGAGGUAUUUGAUUUACUUGAUCCCAAUCAAUCUAGAGGAGAUGUGGUUUCUACUGCGAAGUCUGCUGCGCCCAGCAGAGUUCCCAUACAAAUUAGGGAAACAGUGAACGGAGGAAUAACAUUGGCUGGUGUUACUGAAGCUGAAGUAAAGACUAAAGAAGAAAUGUCAUCUUAUCUUUCUCGAGGUUCACUGUCACGUGCCACUGGGAGUACAAACAUGAACAGUCAAUCAAGUCGGUCGCAUGCUAUAUUCACUAUCACUAUGGAGCAAAAAAGUGGUGAUGAUGUCUUGUGUGCAAAACUACAUUUGGUAGACCUUGCUGGUUCUGAACGUGCAAAAAGAACUGGUGCAGAUGGCAUGCGUUUGAAAGAAGGCAUUCAUAUCAACAAGGGUUUAUUAGCUCUUGGGAAUGUAAUAAGUGCACUGGGAGAUGAAAGAAAGCGAAAAGAAGGUGGCCAUGUGCCAUAUCGCGAUAGCAAACUAACAAGACUACUACAGUGUUUACUGCUGAGAUUUCUACAUCAUGGAUUCAUAUCAUGUCAUCUUGACAUGGACUUGGUUAAUGAUAUGCAGGACUCUCUUGGAGGAAACAGCAAAACCGUGAUGAUAGGUACGGGACUUGCUCGUCCUGCUGACACCAAUGCUGAAGAGACAUUGAACACCCUGAAGUAUGCGAACCGUGCUCGCAACAUUCAGAACAAGGCAGUCAUUAAUCGUGAUCCAGUGGGAGCCCAGAUGCAGAGAAUGCGAAGUCAGAUUGAGCAACUGCAAUCUGAGCUUCUACUUUACAAAGGUGAUACUGGUGGGGCAUUUGAGGAGCUUCAGAUUCUUAAACACAAAAUAUCCUUACUUGAAGCAAGCAAUGCAGAACUACAGCGGGAGCUUCAUGAUCGUCGAGUAACUUGUGAGAGUUUAGCACAACGUGCAUGUGAUGCUCAGGUUGAAAAGGACCAACUGGUCAUGAAAAUAGAAUCAAUUCGAAAUGGUAAAUCUUGGGAUGAAAUUGACUCAAAUUCAAAUGAGGAUUAUGACCUGGUGAAAUCUUAUGUGUCGAAAAUCCAAGAUCUGGAAGUUGAAUUGCAGCGUUUGAAAAAUUCACAUGCAAAAUCUAGACAAUUUGAUGACUGGGUUGAUACAGAUGAUAGUGGAUUCCGGUCAAAGAAUGUAUUAUUUGCAUGUGAUAAUGAGUACUCUUCUGAUUGUGAAGCCAAAUCAGUUGACAUAACAGAUGACAUGGAAGAUCAUGCAAAGGAGAUAGAACACUCUUCUCUUCAAGAAAAGCUGGAUAGGGAGCUCAAGGAACUGGAUAAGAAACUUGAACAAAAGGAGGUAAAAAUUUCUGGAUCUACUUUCAAAUUUCAUGGAGACAUUGAAUAUGCUGUUUUUAUCAAGAUUGUUCUUAAGCAUCAUUAUGAAAAGAAAGUUCUUGAGUUAGAACAAGAAAAGAAAUUUCUGCAGAAAGAAAUUGAGGAACUUAAGUGCAAUCUUGCAAAUAUUUCAUCCACCUCAGAUGACGGUGCUCAAAAGUUAAAGGAAGAAUAUCUCCAAAAGUUGAACGCUCUUGAAGCACAGGUCUCUGUGCUGAAGAAGAAACAAGAAGCUCAGGCUCAACUGUUGAGGCAAAAACAGAAAAGUGAUGAGGCAUCUAAAAGACUUCAGGAUGAGAUCCAGAGAAUUAAAUCUCAUAAGGUUCAAUUGCAACAUAAGAUUAAGCAGGAAUCAGAACAAUUUAGGUUAUGGAAAGCUUCACGUGAGAAAGAAGUUCUACAGCUUAAAAAAGAAGGAAGGAGGAACGAAUAUGAGAUGCAUAAACUGUUAGCAUUGAAUCAGAGGCAAAAGAUGGUAUUGCAAAGGAAGACAGAAGAAGCGUCCUUGGCUACAAAAAGGCUAAAAGAACUUUUGGAAUCUCGAAAGACUUCUUCACGUGAAAGUGCUGUAGGUGGUAAUGGUCCAGGAAUUCAGGCUUUGAUGCAGGCAAUUGAGCAUGAGCUUGAAGUCACAGUCCGAGUGCAUGAAGUACGUUCAGCACAUGAGCGUCAAAUGGAAGAGAGGGCUAAAAUGGCCAACGAGAUUGCAAGAUUAAAGGAAGAGGCAGAUAUGAUGAAGAUAAACAAUUCAAGGGAUGGCCUCGUAUCAAUGUCUCCGGGUGCCAGAAAUUCAAGGAUAUUUGCUCUUGAAAAAAUGAUCGCUUCUUCUUCUACAACAUUGCUUUCGAUGGCAUCUCAGUUAUCGGAGGCAGAGGAGCGGGAGCGGGUUUUCAGUGGCAAGGGACGUUGGAACCAAGUCCGUUCUCUUGCUGAAGCCAAGAAUUUGAUGAAUCAUUUGUUCAACCUGGCAUCUUCCUCCAGGUGUUUCUUGCGAGAUAAAGAAGUUAUUUGCAGAGAGAAGGACAUGGAAAUAAGAGAUCUAAAAGAAAAAGUAGUAAGAUUGAGCUGUUCACUCAGACAAUUGGAAAUGCAGAAGUCUGAACUUAUUCAUCAGUUGAAGUUGCAGAGUGCACUGAGAUACUCAGAAUCUAUGGGGGCUUCGGUGUAUCAUGACAAUAAUGUUGGAGGGCAUAAGUAUGACUUGCGCAAGAUGGAAAACCGGCGAUCUACAAUUUUACUGGAGGAUAUGGAUUUAUCAAUAUCAGAUACAGAAUCAGAUGAUUAUAUAGCAGAUGUUACUGAUGAUGAAUGGGUAGCAUCAGAAAAAAUACACAUUAAGAAAAGAAAGUCUAAAGGCAGAAGUUUAAGCAUGGAAAACAAUCUGUCACAUAUCAGUUCAGAAGAUGGGAAAGAUAGUUCAACUGAAGGAGAUGGAGAUGCAUCCGGGGAAACUGGAUCAGAUGUAUGCUGCUCUUGUAGUAAAUCUUCAUCUUGCAAGACAAACAAGUGCAAAUGCAGAGCUAUGGGUGGCACUUGUGGGAGUUCUUGUAGUUGUCUAGCAUCCAGGUGUGCCAAUAGAGCAUCAGUCGCAAUUGAGGCACAAGUUGAGGGGAGUGGUAAUGAUUCCAGCAUCGAGGAAGCUAACAAAGAUCGCCUUCUUGCUGCUCAAGGCGCUGAGUUGCUGCAGGGUGCACUAGUUGAGGGUCCUGCUGAUGCCCACGGUGAUAAUCAUGGGUCAAGAAAACCUCUUUCAGAUAUUGGAAAUACACUGGCCAAAUCAAACGCCCAGAAGGCUAAUCCAAGAAAGAAAUGGAGAAAGUCCACUGUGCCCACAGUAGUAGUUGUUCCAGAUCCACCGUUCACGCAGUCAGAUAAUGCCGAAGUCCCCAAGAAAGAAAACAAUAGCAUCAGUGAAGCGAAUGUACCUAUGAACAUACCACAGAAAAUGCACUCUUCUAGACCUGAAAAUAUUCCGGUUGCCCCGAAGUUAGAGAAAAACGUAACUGAAACAGAUAUACCUUUGAGAAUACCACGAGCUAUGCGAAAACAAGUACCCAGUGGCCUUCCACUGGGGGAUAUUAAUGGUAGUAAGCCAGAUGAAUCUUUCAACAAGAAGGAAUCUGAAGUGAUUGAAGCUAGAAGUCCGGUGAAACAAAAAAGAACACUGGAGAAAGAGAACAAUGGACGUUAUUAG